ACAUUUAAUUAAUAUAUUAAAGUCUAUGCAGUAUUUACAAAAUGAACAAAUUCGUAUUAUUGUGACAGUGUGUGGGGAUGUGAAGCUUACCAGUCCCAAUUGAACAAUGAGGCAAAGCAAAGAAGUCUCUAUUUAAAUAUUUGUUAAAAUUCAUUUUGUUGUCUGUUUGGUGCGCUACAUACAUACGUUCAUGUGUAUGUAUGUAUGUACACAUUUGUAUUUAUAUCAUCAAGGAAGGCACCGAUACCCCGAUACUACGAUAUCGAUAAGCAAACGUAGCUUAGCACGCAUCUCUAAACGAAACUAAUUCGGCGACAAUUUUUUUUUUUUGUUAAUUGGGGAGAGGAAAAAUAUCACCUAAAAUUCAAUCAGUGCAAGAUUUCUAGCAAAAGUGGGAGCGUGGUGGGAGCACAAUGAGUGUGUUGGCAUAUCCACGUACAAAUGAUGAGGAGAUUUUUCGACAGUGCACAAAGGAUUGUGGCGUUGUGACGGCCACGGAGGACUUUCAGUAUUUCGCCUUGCGCUGCAUUUUCUGCAGCGAGAAGUUUCUCUACUUCGAUGCAUUCAUCGGUCACAUGCAAACUGUGCAUCUCGAAGAUGCAGCCCAUCGCAGCAACAGCAGCUCUGGCUACAGACUGGGCCUGGGGUUGGGAUUGGGCUUGGGCCAACCUAUGUCCAUAGGCCUAGACGAUGCUGAUGGUGAUGGCGACGACGUUGAUGACGGCAGCGGCGUAGGAGGGCGACUUGGUUAUGGCAAUGGAAGCAGCUUAUUGCAACAGUUUGAUGAGAUUGAAGACUUGACCGAUGCGGACACUGCGCUGCUCGAGCCACAAAUGGUCAUCAAACAGGAGCUGCAAGAGCUAGACAGCAGCGACAAUGAUAACGACCACGAUAAUGACAACGAGAACGAUGAUGAUGCCGUAAAUGACGAUAAUCUACUGCCCGCCGAUGACACUGAUAAUGUGGACGACGACAGCGAAGCAAUUCUGCCCGAGAGUGAUCUCUCAAGGGCCAACAUCAGAUCCCGCAUGAAAUUGGCUGGACCACCGCCAUACCUGGGACGGCACGGCAGUGGCUCCAAUGUGGUCGAUGUGAAAAACGAGCCGCUAACAGCCGACGGCGAUGAUUCGAUGGAUGAAUAUGAUCAUAACUAUUUGAAUGACAAUUCAAAUGAGUAUCCUGACUACAAUCCCAGCAGCUAUAAUGCAGGACAUGGCAACAACAGUGCAGCUGGUGGCGAAUCUGAUUUUCUCAGCUAUGAUGAAAUGGUGGAGGAAUCUCUGUUAGGCCGCGAUCGGGAGCUGACCAUGCACAUCAAGGAUCGCAAGAUGAUACAAUUCCUGAUACACUCUUACAAGCGCAAUCCCUUUCUGUGGGAUCACAGUCAUGCCCAGUUCCGGGAUCGCGUGAAACGCGCUCGCUUCCUCGACUGGAUUGUGCUCGAGUUUAAGAAUCGCUUUAACAUCUCACUGGCCAAGGAUGCGAUCACAAGGAAAUGGGACAAUCUGCGCACUGUUUACAAGCGCGAAUGCAAUCGCAUGGCUCUCGAGAAGACGAACAUCAGCACUCUCUGGUAUUUCAAGGAGCUGCAUUUUCUUAACGAACUUUACAGUUACAACUCGAAAAUGUCCGACGCCGUUGUCAAGGAAACCUCAUACAGACGACGCUUUUCGGCCAUAUGGAACGAUACCUCUACCGCCAAACUGCUCGUUAUGGUUAAGCGCUAUCAGUGCUUCUACAAUCGCUUCGAUCCCGACUAUCGUAGCAAGGAGCGACGCGGCGAGGGGCUGCAACAAAUGGCUAUGGAAUUGCAGCAGCUCAUCGAUGUGACCACCAUACAAAUCUCGAAACGUAUCUCUCAGUUGCGCUUUGAUUACUCCAAACAGAAGAUGGAACGUUUGAACGCCGAACGCAUGGGUCGAAAAUUUAUACCGAAUUACAUUUACUACGAUCAAAUGCACUUCAUGGACGAUGACAUUCCGCCAUUCAAGUGCGAACAUUGCGGCGAAAUAGUGCAAACGUUGCGGGAACUCGAUCUGCAUAUGCUCAGCCAUCAGCCAAGUCUGGGCGGCAGUUACUAUUGCAAUGUGUGCAGCAUUCAGUUCAACACUGGCGAAGAGUUUGAGAACCAUAAGCAACUGCAUUUAGGCGCGGGCAACGAAGUCAAAUAUAAUUGCGAGUUGUGCACGGCCAGUUUUCGCGAGAAGUCCAAUUACGAUGAGCAUUUGAGACGCCACAACGAUGAGCUAUUCCUGCCCACAUUGGCACUGAAUCACAGUAUACUCGAUAGCGGUAGCGGCGAUGCAGAUGCUGCUGGCGGCGGAGCUACUGAUGUUUCCCUGGUGGGCGACGACGACGAACUAUUCGCCGGGGAUGGAUCGAAGCCAUUCCCCUGCGAGGUUUGUCAUCGCACGUUUGCAUCGCCGGGACACUUAAAUGCGCAUCGGGUGGUGCAUCAGGAUGAGCGAGAGCGAUGCUACAAAUGCGAUUAUCCGCAAUGUAGUAAAUCGUUUGUCUCGCGUCACAGUCUCUUCGAUCACUUGAAGCAACACUACAGCAACGAGGAGUUCAAGUGCGACAUCUGCGGCAAGAGCUUCAAGUCUACCAAGAAUCUACAGAAUCACAAACAGAUACACGACAAGGUCAAGCGCUACGUUUGCCAAAUAUGCGGCUCGGCAUUCGCCCAAGCCGCUGGCCUCUACCUGCACAAGCGUCGUCACAAUCGUCCCAAUGGCAGCACCGGCGCCGUCGGUGGUCGCUCCAGUCGCACCACACUGUGAGCCAGCCACCCGCUGAUAUAUAGUAAAGAAGAUCAAUCAACAGAUCUAAGUUAUUGCAGCUAUGCAUUUCCCCCACCCCUAAGAAAUGAAUGACACAUCCACAAGCUAUGUUUAUAUUUUUUUUAACGAUUAUUAUAAGUUGUAUUUGAGUUGUAUACAUUUCACACAGCUGUACUUAAGCUUCUAAGUAUUUUACAAUCAAACUAAAAUUGUCCGUAACUAAGCCAAGAACUUUAAUAUGUAGAUAUAAACAUUACACAUACGCACUAUAUUUACUGAUUAUUGUAUUCGUGAAUGCAAUAUAUGUAAAAACAAAAAGAAAAGAAAAGAUCUGCCGUCUUGCUCGCACAGCAGCUGAACGUCUCAAUUUGGUGGCAAAAAAAGGAAAGACAAAAACGAAAGAGAUGAAAAGCGUAACUUUAGUUAACAAUUUAGAUUAUUAUUAUGAGUUUAAAGACAAAACAAAACAGAAUAAUACCCCCCAAAAUGUGCUUCACUGACAUUGAGGCAAACACACACAUUCCAAUUCCACAACACUAGUUAAAUGAUUAAUAAGUGUCAAAAGAAAACGAAACAAGUAUUUCUUACAAGUAUUCUCUAUUGUACAACUACAAACUACGAAAGAAACAAAAACAAAUAUGUAUGCAUAUUAAUUAUAUAUUUAUUUAAAUACGCAAAGUGCGAAGUUGUAACGCGAAUCAUGCGCAGGGCCAUUAAAAUGAAAUAACAAACAAUAAUAAUUAUAUUAAUUAUAAUAACAAGAGUAACAGCGCAACAGGAAGAAUAUCAAGAAGAGUUGCUAAGCUCUGCACUUUGAAUAACAAUAACACAACUGUAAAACAUACACAACAACAAAACACACAUCAAUGUUAGAUUUAAUUUACAAAUAACAUAAACGACUGAAUCUGAAAAAUACAUUUACUUACACACAAACACAACAAACACAUACAAACAGCUAUAAAUGAUAAAUAGUAUAAACAUGAAACCUUCCUUCACGAGUGCGGCAGCCUUGUUAAACCAAUUGCUUCUAUAGCAUCUAAUUCAACUAUAAUUACUAGAUGAUAAAAUGUAAACAUAGUACUAGGGCUGAUUUGUAAUCUAAUUCAUUUUGUUUUGUUCAUUUAUUGUACUUAUUAUUGCAUCACUGAAUAUACUAAAUGCCUGUUAUUGUAUGUAGAGCUACUUUCUGGAAUUUAUGAAAGAAUAUUGCCAAGCAGGAAGUGGCUGCAAAUCAUCAUAUCGAAAUGCAACAAAUCUUCUCUUGCUCUCAUAUUCAAUAGUUUUCCGCAAAGCUUUUUGCAUUUCAAAAUCCAUUGAUCGUUACCGUUUCCGUUAAUGUACAUAAAUAAUUUUGAGAUGUGCACAUUUGUUGCCUGCUCUUCGCCAAUCGAUGUCGAUAAACAGAUAUGAAUGAAUGCAAAAAGAGAGUAGGAGAGCGUAAACACAUACCCACAUAUACAAAUACACCACAUACAAUGUAUAAGUUCAUCAUUAUGAAGAAUGAUGGAUAUUUUUGAUAAGCAAACAAAUUCACCUUAGUUGUAAGUUCAUUUAGCACAAUUGUCAACAAAAAGUAAAAGCUACGGCAGCAUAUAAAUAUACAACACUUACAUAUACACACAAGCACAUGUAAAUGACUGCAGCAGCUCCAUACUAAACUUAAGUAUUUGAUUACAUUUCGCUUACUCAUUAUGCUUUAAGAACUUAACUUAACACACACACAUACACAUACACAUAUACACGCAAGUGGUGAACUUAUCGUGCGUGUGUGCAUGUGUGUUUGAUAGAAAACUUGUGUAUUUCGUUGUAUUGAAUUCUUGUUUUCAACAAUAACAAACAAUUGUGAAAUAGUUAACAGCAGAUCUAAGAAACAAAUUUAUACAUGAAAAUAUAAUCGCAUCAAAUUCGUCGUAAGAGGCCGUAACAAAGUGCGCUUCCGUAAGCUACUAAUAAAGAAAACACCCUAUAAACAAAACAAAUCUAAACAAAAAAGCAAAUACAAAAUUUGCAUAAAUUAAUAUUAAUAUAGCAUACAUACUAUGUAUAUUAAUAAAAGAAGAAGGUAAAAUCGAACAAACAAACAAUUGCAAUAUGAAAACAAGAAUGAGAAGCUAUCUUCGGCACGCCGAAUAUUCAAUACCCUUGCAGAAUGAAAACAAUUCUAUAUAUAAUUUCAACUAAAAGAAAAUCUCAAGAUCGAUCAGUAUUUAAAUUCCAAGCAACUCGAUCAUUUCUAUAUGUUAAAGUAGUCCGAUUUUAUACAAACUAAACUAAUACGAAUAAUUUGUAGUAUUAAAAACAAAUUUAGUAAUUAACCGCAAUCAUUCCCUUGGCAAGUAUGUGCUAUGAAAAUAGACAAAUCUGGGCACAGUUGGCAUAGAUAUAUUGUAACUUGCAACUAGCGAGGGUAUAAAAAGCGCGCACAGAGAUUAUCAUUAGAGCCGAACUCUACCACAUGUAAAUUUCAAUAAAAUAAAAAGAAAAUAAAUCUACAAUUUUAUUUAAUCACU